AUGAGCGGCCCAACGAAGCGAGCCAAGACGAAGCGCGGGGGCGCGGCGCCGCCGGCCAAGCGCGCCAAGGCGACGAUCGCGCCGAUGGAGACGCUGGGUCGAGACGUGCUCCUCCAGCUGACGACCUACAUGGAGCCCAAGGAAGCCCUGCGGCUCUCGAUGACGAGCAUGCUCAUGCACGACGCGAUGGACGACAGCGUGUGGCGGCCCAUGCUCUUGGGCACGUGCGAGGUCAAGCCGUCGCUGCUGAAGCCCCGCACGCAGAUGCGCAAGAUGGUCGUCAACCUCGCACAGAAGAAGAGCUGCGUCCUCUGCGACCGCUUUGAGCCCGAAGGGUGCCACACGAUCAAGGUCUACACGGUGCAUCGCGGCAAGAAGCUCUGCGACCGCUGCGUGCAACUCCCGAUGUUCACCGAGAUCGGACACAUGGAGGUAAUGCGCAAGUACAAGCUCAAGCACAAGGAGCUGCGCGAGCUGCCCUGCCGACUCGUCGCGACGACCUUUGACAUUUCUCGGGGCGAGGGCUUCAAGACCAAGAUGUACAACCAUCAGGCCGUCCUGGACCUCGUCGCGCGAGUGCGCCCGUAG